GCUAGCACUUGCAGUUCUGCAGCAGUUACUGAAUUUAUCUUUCAAAGAUUGCUUGCACGUCCUUGGACUUUUAGCGUCCUUUACUUUAGUGUCUAUACUCGUGGAUCUAGUACCAGUAGGUCUACUCGAUAGGUCACCUUCACCAUCAUCUUGCCAGCUUCGCGCCCAGUCUUCAUAUUCUAUGUGCCUGCACGGCCGUAGAUCUACGGGGAUUUAGCCUAUAUGCUUUUCUCUGGUCUUAUUUGUAGCCCAGAGCUAUGUCACCGACAUACCGAUUCGCCUGGAUAUGAGUGAUACCAGAGUAGAUCUACUCGCGUGUUCAGCAGAUCAACAGCACAGCAUUGGGAUCUAACGCGAGGUCACCAGGUCACCAGAGACGAGGAGAAAACUCCAUAGUAUUUACUGCUCUAAUGUACACUAUCCGCCAGCGAAGAUAGUUCAAAUCAACAGAUCUGAAAUCCUGCCUACAGCUGUUUGGAGUGCACCAGCACUGCGGCAGAAAGAAUGGCUGACAAGUACGACCUGUUCUUGGUCGACACGCUAAAAGGAGAAGGCCAGAAAAAGUCCCAGCACCCAUGGUAUAGAGAACGUCUCAGAACAAAAUAUCUUGACUCGCAACCAGCUAUGGACGCAAAGCAGUGGACGUUUGUCAAUGACACGAUAGAUGACUUCAGACCUGAUCAUCACCCUCAUCCUCAUCCUAAACUCAAACUGCUUUACAAGAAAAAGAAAGAAAUGGGUCCUGUCCUCCUAUCUUCAUCUUCAUCUCAAACAUCACUGGGACAACGUCAGCAGCUGCAACAACAGAAACAUCGUCAGGAUAAACCUGUGCAAAGUGCCAAAGCUAACCAGCGUCACGUGUCAGCGGCAAAUCCAGCAGCAAGAGUGUCUGGCAUGGACACAGCUCGACACGCUGAGCAAAUUGAAUCACGGCAUAGGAGAAUGUCACAAGAUAAUAGAACAGUGCCACACGGAUAUCCAUUGUCAGGGGCACCAAGCAAACUUCCGAAUGAUAAAGUGCUUCCAAGCAGAGCACGUGGAUUGCAACGAGCACAGCACCAUGAAGACAAGGUUAUAGCACAGCGUCAACCAAUCGCAUGGCAAAAUAUUGAUAUCAAUCUGACGCCAGAGAUGAAGGAGAAGUUGAUAAGAGUAUUGGAAGGUGACCGAGUGGGUGGCACGAGCUCUGAUCUGCCAGAAGGGCAUCAUACUCGCUCACAAUCAACACCGAGUGCCAAGCGCAGUAGUGCCAGACUCCACAGAGGGAGUAAGGCACCAACUGGUGUGAUACCAAGUGACCAUAUUAGCACUGGUCUUCCAAGCGCUACCUUGCCAAGUUAUCGAUCUCCAUCACCCGGUACUCUACCUCGCAUCAACCGAUCUUCCCAGCAACGAGCAAACCAGAGCACAGUAUAUCACCCAAGCCAGAAAGAUGCCAUGCUUGAGAUUUUUGAGGAGCCAGAGAGUGCAAUAAGAAAAGUGACUGAAGGUUUGUGUGACUGGGCUGACAAGUUGAAAACAGUAAAAGAGGAAACUGUACUUGAUCCAGAAGAUGUGUGCAAGUUAUUUGCAGAGGCAAAGGCUGAAAAAGGCCAAGAAGAUGGUCUGUUUGUCCUGCAAGAAACUGCACUGCCACCGGACUUGACUCAUGGCCGGAGACACACUCGUUCGCCAGCAAAACCCAGGGAGGCUUUUCCAAGUCUAAUGGAAUCGGAACUUUGUCGACAGUUCGAAAUGGGAGCAGGUAUUUCUGAUAAUACUGACCAAGCUUGCGAACACUACAAGCCGAGAGGAAAAGUCAACUAUGGAGCCUGGUAUCUUCCAAAACAUUUGUGGAAAGUACAGCAGUCUGGUGAGGAACUUAUUGAUCCAGAGGAGCAUGCUAGAAGAGUAGCUGCAAGCGAUGCAGAGAGGGAGGAGAGGCUAAUUGGCACUCACACCAUUCUCAUGCGCCUGAUAGCUGGAGAUACUAUUGAUCUUUCACAACCCUAGCUGUGAUGCUGGCAAACCUACUCUGCGUACAUGCAUGCAUGCAUUGCAUAUGUGUGUGUGUGUGUGUGUGUGUGUGUGUUUUUCUGUGCUCCUGUGUUUUUACCGUAUGUGCUUAUUUGUGCCGCAUGCUUCCAUACAUGUAUACCUUGUGACAGCUAUCGGUGACUUGUGAUUACAAGACAGGGUAAUAACGAAGACUGACGUCCAAUUAUUGCGUGUUGCUACAUGUUCCCUCAGUCUACAUAUUCCCUCAGUCUACAUAUUCCCUCAGUCUAAUCCCUUAUCUCCUGUAAUAGUUCCGCUGAUAUCUGUUGUGGGCUAUCGUCUGACUUAACUACAUAAACUCCUUUUUAGAACUGGUAUAUGAUUAUCAUAUUAUUUUUUUCACAAAGGUUUUAUUUAUACGAUGUAGGUAUGGCA